GUUCACCCGGUCCUCCCGACUUUAAAUAUGGCAUCGCUGAUAAAGUCCCUGUCCAAGUCUACUUCUUCUUCUCUCCUUUCUCGCAUCGUUACUCCAUCUAUUUCACACUCUACUAUGUCUUCUUCCAACUCUUUCUCAACCCAAACUUCAAAACCACAACAUUUCUUGUCAACUGCUGACUUGACAAAGGAUCAGCUUUAUAACCUUUUGACCCGAUCAAUUGAGCUUAAAGUUGAGGCAAAGUAUAAUGUUUCCACACCUACUCGUCCGCUCACCGGAAAGACCCUCGCCGUUAUGUUCUCAAAGCGCUCCACACGUACUCGAGUCGCCACUGAGUCUGCCAUGGCAUAUUUAGGUGGACACGCCAUGUUUUUGGGAGCGCAGGAUAUUCAACUCGGUGUGAACGAAUCCCUUCUAGAUACAUCUCGCGUAGUCAGCUCCAUGGUUGAUGGUAUCAUGGCGCGAGUUGGUGGUCAUGACGAAAUUGUCACUUUGGCAAAGGAGUCUAGUGUGCCUGUUAUCAAUGCACUCUCCGACAAAUAUCAUCCUACCCAGAUCUUGGCUGAUCUUGUCACACUCCACGAAUAUCGUCAUCAUAAGACACUCAACCCUACCGAAUAUACAGCUCAUCAGCAACACCCUAGCGAAACACUUCCUGGUUUGAAGGUAGCAUGGGUGGGUGAUGCCAAUAACAUCUUGCAAGAGCUUAUGGUUGCUCUUCCUAAAGUUGGUAUUCAUCUCAGUGCUGCUUGCCCCAAGGGGUAUGAGUGCCAACAAGAUGUUUUGGACAUCGCCAAGGCUGAAGCUAAGAAAGAAGGCACUCAACUUAUCUUCACCACAUCUCCUGAGGAAGCUAUCAAAGAUGCUGAUGUCAUUGUCACUGAUACCUGCAUGGGCCAAGAAGAGGAGAAGGCUAAGCGAUUGGCUGAAUUCGCGGGCUAUCAAGUUACCAUGGACUUAGCUAAGCGUGGAGGCGCCAAACCUGAUUGGAUCUUCAUGCACUGCUUACCUCGAAAGCCUGAAGAAGUUGAUGACGAAGUGUUCUACUCUGAUCGAUCAUUAGUCUUCCCUGAGGCAGAAAACCGAAAGUGGACCAUUCUUGCCGUAUUGGAUUCCCUUCUCGUUAAAAAGAGUCUUUGAGUUAAAAUAGACGUGCCAAUUAAAUACUUCCUGACUGAUCAUAAAAAAAUUAUAAAGAGGUGACGUCGUAUCUUCCCAUUCAUCUCCCCCAUCCCAUCUCUCUGUCUGCCAACC